GGUGCGGCUUCGCGAGCGCCGCAGCGUCGGAGGUGAAGCUGGAGGCGAGGUGGGAGGGGCAGGAGGGGCAGGGAGAGCGCUAGCCGGUCGAUGAUGAGCCCAGCCUAGUCCCCCGAGAGCCGGCUGAGGCGCCACAGGAGCAACAACAUGAGGGGAACGAAGCUGGUCGUCCUGCUGUGGAUGGUGUUGGCCUUAACGAGGGGAGCAUCGGCGGAGCCCGUCCAGUACACCAGAGCCAUGGACUGGCUCAGCAGGUACGGCUACCUCCCCCCCCCGGACCCGCACACCAGUCGGCUGCAGACCAAGGAGGGGAUGGAGAAAGCCAUUCGCGUGAUGCAGAGAUUUGGGGGAAUCCCAGAAACCGGGGUGUUGGACACGCAAACGCUGCAGCUCAUGUCCGCACCACGAUGCUCUCUUCCUGAUAUUGUUGGGACGGAGGACAUGCUGAGGAGGAGGAGGAGGAGGAGGAAACGAUAUGUCCUGUCAGGCCUUAAAUGGCAGAAGACAGACCUCACGUGGAGCGUCCACAGCUACCCGACGCCCUCCCUCUCGCCGGGCCUGAACAACCGUUUAGUGGAAACCAUCCUCUCUCACGCCUUCAAGGCCUGGAGCGACGCGGCUCCCUUGAGUUUCAGCCGGGCUCCGAACGAGGCCGCCGGCGGGGACAUCCGGGUGUCCUUCGCCCGCUCGCUGCACGACGACGGCUACCCCUUCGACGGCAGGGGCGGCACGCUGGCCCACGCCUUCUUCCCCGGCGAGAACGACGUCUCGGGCGACACGCACUUUGACGACGAUGAGAUCUGGAGUCAUGGAGGCACCGACGGCAGCACAGAUCUGUUCACUGUGGCCGUGCAUGAGUUCGGCCAUGCGCUGGGCCUGUCCCAUUCCUCCGCCGACCCGUCCAUCAUGAGGCCGUACUACCAGGGGCCCGUAGAGAACAUUCCCAACUUCCAGCUGGACCUGGAUGACAGGCUGGCCAUCCAGCAGCUCUACGGCGCGAAGGAAGGCGGCCGCCCAGGCGGAUCGGACCCCCACCUCCCCCGCCUGCCUACUCCCCCCGCACCGAGAGCGACACGGCCUUAUGACCCCUCCUUCACUGAACGCUGUCAGGGAGGAUUUGAUGCGGUGGCAAACAUCAGGGGAGAAGUCUUCUUUUUUAAGGGUGAUCACUUCUGGAGAACUCAGCGAGAUGGAAUGUUAGUGUCCUCUAAUCCAGCUCUGAUAAAGAACUUCUGGCUCGGACUUCCAGACGGAACAGACAAGAUCGACGCCGUGUACGAGAGGAUGAGUGACAGCAGAAUCAUCUUUUUCAUCGGUUCUCAGUACUGGGUCUUUAAAGACACAAAGGCUAUGACCGGUUACCCUCGGCCUCUCUCUGACUGGGGCAUGAGGAGGAAGGGGGGGGAACCAGUGGACAGGGUAGAUGCUGCCUUCAUCUGGGCCCAUAACGGCAAAACCUACCUGUUCAGCGAUGGAGAGUUCUGGAGGUUCGACGAGAGCAAAAGCGAUGAUCAGAAGCCCAAGCGGCCGGAGCCGGAUUAUCCCCGGGACAACGGCCUCUGGGCCGGAGUGCCCGCUGACAUGGAUGAUGUCAUCAGCUGGAAAGAAGGGGACGCCUACUUCUUCAAGGGCAACCAGUACUGGGUGUUAAAGAAGGGAGGCCUGAACCAAGAGGUCGUCACGCCUAAAUCCACAGCUGUGGACUGGCUCCGAUGUCCAGCUCCGGACCCGACCCAGCAGAGUCCAAAGGACCCGCGAACGGAAAGGUGCUCGUGUGCCGCAAGAGGAUCGUCUUCAACCGUCAGAAGCAGCUGGACCCUCCUGAUCUCCGUUGUCCUGGUGAUUAAGAGUUGAUCAGGAAACAGGAAGUUGUCUGAUCUGAUGGAUUUUCAUCCGACUCCCUGCUUCACUGGAGAGUGAUAAAAGCUCCACAUCCUCAGUGACGUGGGAUACAAUUACACCCCUCAGGCUGGUUUCAAAUGACAGGCUUGCAUCAUAACAAGCCUCUUUAAUGGCUGCCUUUACUUUAACAUAAAGCCUAGUUUCUCAGGUUACAUGGGGAUGGUGUGAGCAUAUGUGCUGUAUGGAUCUUUUACUGUAGCUACAAGUCUGUCUGCAAAUACUGAACCACUUUUUAAGUCUUUAAUAAAAUAUCGGAGUGAACUGAG